AUGGGAAAGACAGCGUCGAAAUUAUCAAAGGAUGAAAUAUCAUCGCUCAAAAAAUCGACAUAUUUCGAUAAACGAGAACUUCAACAAUGGUACAAAGGGUUUCUUAGAGAUUGCCCAUCAGGCCAACUAACCAAUGCGGAAUUUCUUAAGAUAUACAAACAGUUUUUUCCCUUUGGAGACCCAACCGACUUUGCUAAUUAUAUCUUCAAUGUGUUUGAUAAAGAUAAAAAUGGGUCGAUCGAUUUUAAAGAAUUUAUUAUUGUGCUUUCCAUCACCUCACGAGGCAGUAAAAAUGAGAAACUCGAGUGGUCUUAUAAACUAUAUGAUCAGAAUCGUGAUGACAAAAUUGACUACCAGGAAAUGUUGAACGUAUUGGUAGCAAUCUAUAAAAUGGUGGGACCUAUGGUGAGAUUGAACAAUGACGAGGCCACUCCGGAGUUGCGAGCAAAGAAAAUAUUUGGAUUAGUUAAUAAGGAUGUGAAUGAUAUGUUGGACAUGGAUGAUUUCAAAGUGAUUUGUGAGAAGGACAACCAAGUGCUACGAGGGUUAGAUCUAUAUGGUGGGUUAGUAUGA